CCAAUCCCUGACCCCAACAACAUCCGGGACUUUGUCAGCUAUCCCACCGCGGGCAACGAGAGGCUCCACUGCACCAUGAAGCGGGCGGAAGACAGCCCGGAGGCAGGCGGACCCUGCUACACUCUCUACCUGGAAUAUUUAGGAGGGCUGGUGCCUAUUCUCAAAGGAAGGAGGAUCAGCAAACUACGGCCUGAGUUCAUCAUCAUGGAUCCAAAAACAGACAGCAAAGCAGAGGAGGUGUGUGUGAACCCCAUGAUCUCAUACGCCGACAGCUGUAACUGCUCUGACUCCAGUGACAUUGAGUUGAGCGACGAGUGGGUCGGGAAGAAGUCACCAAAGUUAUCCAGAGGAAACAGGAUGAACAUAGAAUUAAGAAAAUCGCCCAAACUCUCACGGGCCAAUCAGGAAGGCCAGCGGUCACCACGGUUACCAACAAAGAAGCCUCCAGUUCGAUCUCCCAGUCUGACUCGACGGGAGUUUUCUAUGGAUGGAAUCACAGAGCACAACUACCUUGCUCAAGUCACAUCCAACAUAUGGGGGACAAAGUUCAAAAUUGUCGGACUUGCAUCGUUCCUCCCCGCCAACCUGGGAGCAGUCAUCUAUAAGACCAGUUUACUUCAUUUGCAACCGAGGCAGAUGACGAUCUACCUGCCGGAAGUGCGAAAGAUUUCUCACGACUUCAUGAGCCUGCCCGUGUUCAACCCUAAUGUGUUCAGUGAAGAUGAGGACGAUUUACCAGUUAUGGGGCCGUCUGGAGUGGCAGGAGACAAUCCUCCCUGUACGGUCAACAUUCCCAUCGCUCCCAUCCACAGCCCAGCUCAGGCCAUGUCCCCGACUCAGAGUAUCGGCCUGGUUCAGUCUCUCCUGGCCAAUCAGAAUAUUCAGCUCGACGUCUUGACCAACCCCACAGCCACUGCAGUGGUGGCAGCUGCAGCAGCUGCAGCUUCUUCCCCUGUCACCGAUCACGGCCAGGAUGCAGUUGCAACACCGUACCCAGUGCCAACCAGAUACUCAAACCCUGGCCAGGUGAUCUUCAACGGGCUGGAGAUGGGUCCUCUUCUUCCUGGUACUCUACCACCUCCACCUCACCAUCUCCCACCACAGCCUCACCCACAGCGGUCUCAUUCGCAGCAGCCUCGCCAACAGUCAAAGCAGUCGCAACAAAUGCAGACGCAGCAGCAGCAGCAGCAGCAGCAGAAAAUGCAUCAUCAUCAACAACAGCAGCAGCAGCAGCAGCAACAGCAACACCAUCAUCAGUCGCAGUCACAACAGCAGCAACAACAGCAGCAGCAACAACAGUUACAGCAGCAACAUCAACAGCUACAGCAACUGCACCAGCAGCAGCAGGCGCUACAUCAACAGCAGCAACAGCAUCAACAACAACUGCAGGCUCAGCAGCACCAACAAAUGCAGCAAAGUCAACAGCAAGUGACAACCCAACAGCUGCAGCACCAACACCAAAUCCAGCAGCAGCAGCAACAGAUGCAGAUGCAGCAUGAGCAGAUGCAGCAGCAGCAGCAGCAGAUGCAGCAGCAGCAGCAGCAGAUCCGGCAACAGAUCCAGGAGAUGAGGCAGCAGCAGCAGCAGCUCCAGCAGCAGCACCAGCAGAUCCAGCAGCAACAUCAGCAGAUGCAGAGGCAGCACCAGCAGAUGCAGCACCAGCUGAAGAUGCAGAUGUCGCUGCCUCCACCUCCGACUGGCUAUCCAACCAUUUCCUUACAGCAGAUUCAUAUUCUGCCACAAAUUCCUUACCCGUCCAGCGAACUGGGCCUAGACCGGGUUGAGCGUGUGCACACUCUGAAGCCAAGUCUGCCGCGGACUUUACCCCCCUCCUUCAACGACACAGAUGGGUCCAUCGAGAUUCAGAUGAGAAAGGUGAAUCCUCCUCCUCCAUAUCCAGGCACUGUAGUCUCUGCAGGCGCAGCUGCAGCUACAGCCGCAGCUGCACCUCAGACUCUUGUCACAAACAGCCCAAGCAUCCUGGCACCUGACCCCUGUCUGAAGAAGGAUGAGUUCUUGCUUCACCCUAUCACUUUGCAGUACCCGACACCUCUGGGGUAUGAAAGGAUCACAACCUUUGACAGCAGCGGCAACGUGGAGGAGGUUUGUCGGCCACGCAGGCGCCUCAUUCGAAACCAAAAUGCAUACACUGUGCAUGGCAUCGGAGGCUCUGCCACACUCAAAGUCACCUCCUCUGAGAAUAAAAAAGUUCAGCUUCCGUACAGCUCAGCAACACUUAGUCGUCUUUCUGUCCCUCGCUACUCGAUACCAAGUGGAGACCCUCCUCCUUACCCUGAUCCGGCCAAUCAAGUAACUGCCACACUUCCUCCCCCCCAGAGAAUGGACAGCAGUCUUAUUCAUGCCACCCUACGUCGUGACCGCAGGGAUGUGGGACUGAAAGUGCCACAGAUGAUGGAAAGCUCAAGAACCCUUCCAACCAAGGCAAAAAUGAACAGUGCAUUAGCUCUCUCCUACCAGCAGAGGGUGCCCACUACAUUGUACACAUGCACACAGUGCAGCAGUAACAGCAGCAGCACCAGUGUCAGUGUCAGUGGAGGUGGAACUACAAGUAGUGGUAUUGCAGGUGGCACAGUGGUGAGGCAGGACUUCCCUCCGGGGAAAGGUGCACAUCACAGUACGAUUAUCGUGCACUCCAAGAGCACAUCCCCCCUGGCCUCCCAGUCAUCGUACAGUCUGCUGGGUGCUGUUGAUAACAACCAUGACAGAACAGUGUACGUAAACUCUGCCUUUACUGAAGACGAGACUUUAAAUCAACAGUGUCACCUUGAAAAAUCCGUGCGUCAGCUGACUCUCGGAGAUGUCAGUUUGACAGUGAAACGCCCUCCGCCUUACCAGUGGGACUCAUCCACGGCCGAGGAGUUUUGGCUCACCCCAGAGCAAACCAUGCUAGCUCCUCCACCAGGACCUCAUAAACCUCCUCCACUCAUCAUCAGUCAGGCUCAACACUUGGACAUGACACGCCUUCCCUUUGUGCUCACAACGAAACCGCCAGCAAGUCCAAGCACGAGCACCCUCACUUUUCCAUCAGGUUACCAGAUAUCCCUCUCACCUUUUCCUCCAGGUGUGGGUCACAGCGGCCCGCAGCUUCAGACCUUACAGAACCCUCCACCACAAUGCUCUCCAAACGAAGUGGUUGCCUCAGGCCCUUUUGCUCAGCAGGAUCCCACUUUGGUCUUACCACCAGGUUACCCUCCGAGUCUCGCUAACCUGGCUUGCUGCCCCCUCCCUCCGAUGUAUCCUGGAGCCAGCUCAUGUUCCGGACUUCAGCUGCACCCUGUCAACCUUCACCCCUGGAACCCCUACCCCUGCCCACCACCCAUGCAAGACCCUCCUGCACCUCCCCUCCCAACCAAAACCCAUCAGAUUUUAGAGAAGCCAAUUCUCUCCCCACCUCCCCCAACUGCACCACCUCCACCACCUCCUCUCCCGCCCCCCCCUCCACCUACCGAGCUACCACCAUCCAAAAGUGCCACAGAGGAUUUAACAGAGUCUGCGAACAACUUUCCAGAGCCAUCAUCCCUGAAUGAAAGCCCUGUGCCGCAGGAGUCGGAGCGCUUCAACAAGAAGAGCCGUAAAAGACUGGACAGCAGGGCUGAGGAGGCCAACAUGACCACCGUCUCCGAGGGCAAAUCCAGAAAGGAAGGGCGAGCCCUGUCCGACUUCAACACUCUCAUUUCCAGCCCGAGGCUUGGCAGCAGAGAGAAGAAGAAGCCCAAGGGGCCGAGAGAGCAACUCAAUAAAACCAAGAAGAUGAGCAGAACAACGAAUGAGUUCCAGGAUAGUUCCGAGAGCGAGCCAGAGCUGUUCAUUAGCGGCGAUGAGCUCAUGAACCAGAACCAGAGUAGUAAGAAGAGUUGGAAGAACAAGCGCAGCCAGCGUAUGGCGAGUGAGCUGGAGGAGAUUAAAUGUCGUAAGGCGAAUGAAAGAGAGGACCGCAGUUUAGGCAGCCAAGGAUUUGUCUACGUCAUGGCCAAUAAACAACCAUUGUGGAACGAAGCCACGCAGGUCUACCAGCUGGACUUCGGAGGACGAGUCACGCAGGAGUCCGCAAAGAAUUUUCAGAUCGAGUUAGAUGGUCGACAGGUGAUGCAGUUCGGGCGGAUUGAUGGCAACGCUUACAUCUUGGAUUUCCAGUAUCCUUUCUCAGCAGUGCAGGCAUUUGCUGUGGCCUUGGCCAAUGUGACUCAAAGGCUGAAGUGAAAAGGUUUAUUUUGUGUUGGUGCAAAAGAAUCCAAAAGAAGCUGCAGUGUGAGUCCCUGUACACAUCUCAGUGCGGGGCUGCACCUGCCAAAGUGUCAGUGUUGCAGGGGAAGAGAUUAUUACACGAGUUGCACAUGCAGAUAAUUUACAGGAAUCUAUUAAAGGUAAAGUCUGGGUCAUUGUUGAUGAAAAUUAUAUCAGUACAUCCAUAACUUCUAUUUCAUGUAUUGAAUGUAUUCAUUUUAUUCUUUAAAUUAUAUUUUCUGGAAUUAAAAAAUACUCUCUAUCAUUGGAUAAAAAGUACUUUAUUAGUACUUGAUUGAUUGAUUCAAGUUACUUCUAAAUCAGCCUCCAUGGUUUAAGACAUCCUCCCACUUUUUAAAUACUCACCAAUUAAUCUCAAUGUAUGACAAAUCAAUAAUCAUUUAACGUACCUUUGUGGAGUUUAUACAUAAAAUAGUAGAUUUUCUAAGGUGCAGCAACAUUCAAAUUUGCAAAUAAAAUUUUACAAAGCCAUAUCGUAUCUAAUUGAAACACUGCACUGAAGUUCAAAGUAAUUUAAAGAAAAUUAAGAAUGAGGUUUUAAUGUGAGUAUAAACCUAUUGUUAUUGCUGUUUGAAUACACAUUGUCUUUUUAUUCUUUAUUCAAAUCCAUUUUUUUCUGUUGAACAUGUAUUAGAAUAAUAUACUGAUUAGACAUACUCAUUUUAUAAGUUGCAACUAUGCAUCUGAACUCAGUUGAAUAGGGCUAACUGGGUACAGUUACCCAUAGCUCUUAUAUGUUCUAUCCAUGUUACUUCUAUGAAGUUGUGCAAUGGACAUAUUAAAUACAUGUUCUUUUGGCCACAAUACUGAAAAUCACCAUUCACAGCCAGUAUAGUUUUUCAUGUGUGAAAUUUAAACACAAUUUCUUUAUCCACCCUCCCAUUAGAAUGGCUGGAAUUUGUCAGAGGUGGUAAAUAGUAAAUCUACAUGUGCCAAAUAAAGAAUGUGUUUGACUGAAACAAAGUCAGUUGGAAAAAAUGGUAUAAAAUGGUCUAACAUAGAUCUCAUCGCCAAACAGAAUCACUUACCGACUGUUACGAUUGAGAUUCUCUCAGUCGGUCUCUCCUGACCGGCUCUGUGUUGUUUUCAUGGGGUGUUUAUGAUGCUGCUUGAAAACUGCAUUUGAAUGUGAAGUACAGUAGUUUUGCCUCCUUGGAAGUCAGUGCUGCUUUAGAUAGAGCUUGUGUGCAGUGAUGCUACCUACAUAGGACUGAUGUUAUAUUUGCAAAAGAAAAUAUAUAGCGCUGCUUGCACUCUGUAUUUAGUAAGUGACCUGACAUCAUCAUUAUAUGCAUAGAAAUAAAUGUGCUUAUAUGUUGUUACUUUUAGUAAUUUUCAAUUUUUUUUUCUGUAACAUGGAUUUUUUUUGAUGUUACACUUGUAGAAAAUAAGAAGGAGAACAAUAAACUUGCAAAGAUGUAUAAUACCACUUAUUCAUAAAUUGAUAAGAUCAACAGCUAGUAUGAGAUUCAUGUAGAAUUGGUGCUAAUGUAAAAAGAAACACACGUGGAAAUAUCAGGACGUUUGUUAUUAGAAGGUUAUUUUGAGGAAAGUAUUUUGAAAGAGGCACAAGAAACGUUUUAGUGCGUAGAGUUUUCUUUUAAGAGCUUUUCAUCCAAUGCAGACGUCAGCGAUGGUGUGUGUCCUUUUUCAGCAAUACUGCCGAAUGAAUAGUUGGUUGCCUGAUUAUUUUUUUCUCUCUUAUUUCGUGAAGGAAACAAAAAUGUUGCGACCAUAGGUUGACAAGGACCUAUAGG